AUGUCUGAAAUGGAGUACACCUCCCCCGGUCGAAGCCUGACAACACGAAAUCCGACAACGCCUAAACGAAACCUGCCUGCGUUCUCCCGACUAGUCGUUGCGCCCAGCUCGGAGCCGGAACUGCGCUCGCCGCUGACACCGCGAAACAUCCUCAACGAUACCGACAAGAACCGCUUAGUCAAACAGUUCUAUGACCUCGAGCUGCCAGAACAGCCCCAGACACGGCCUGAGACGCCGCGGACGAACUCCGAGGCGAGGUUUCUGUCUCCCGAGGAGUUGCCUCGCCGCGAACCUGGUAGCCCUCAGCCCACCCCAGGGACGGUGGCAAAAUCCGAGAUCCCCGACGAAUGGGCCCAGGCGAGCGUGGAUCAACAGAUUAGCUCCAUCGCACACACCUCGUCUCGCGGCUACGAAACCCAGACAAGCUCCAUUGAGACCAACUACGUCAACUUCCAGCACAAGUGCACGAUGUUGAGCGACCAGGUCCAGGAGCUUCACCGCGAAAUUUCAGUGGCGCUAGCGGCGCUAGAGGCAGAGCUUCCGACUCAGCAAGAGCGGUUUCGGGCGAAUUUAGUUAAGGUGGAGGAGAUUAAGGGGAAGCUCCGGGCGUUGGACGAGUACGACGGAAAGAUUACAGCAUUGAGACUGAAUGUGAAUAGCAACUUUAAGGAGAAGAUUGCGGCGAUGAAUGCGGAUCUCGACGGGCUCGAAAAGUCGAAGCAGUCGUACGAGACACGAGCGCGGCUCCAGAUGAAACGGGCAAAGAUGGGUUCGGGGUGCUUACUUUGUUUGCUCGUAGCGGUGUAUAUUGGGGUUUGGCUAUUGAGCCCAAGAGUCCAAGGCAUAACGGAGCCGAAGGUUAAGUUGCCGAGGUGA